CUUCUUCUUCUGGGUUUAUCUCCAUUUUCUGUGCGGUGGACGAAAUCGCUGUGGAUCUGUGAUUUUGAGAGGGUUUUUGAAGAUGGGUUCUGCUCGAUUUAGCAGACGCAGGACCAUGGAAGCUCUCGUCGCCAUUUUUUGCGUUUUGGGGAUGAUUUCUCUGUGCUGUUCGGCGAGGAUAGAAUCGGCCUCCCGCCAGAAGCUUGAAGUGCAAAAGCAUCUCCGGCGCUUGAACAAGCCUGCUGUUAAAACCAUCGAGAGCCCAGAUGGUGACCUAAUAGACUGUGUUCACAUGUCUAAUCAGCCAGCAUUUGACCAUCCUUUCCUUAAAGACCACAAAAUCCAGACAAGGCCAAGUUAUCAUCCAGAAGGGCUAUUUGAAGAGACCAAAGUAGCUGAGAAACCAAACCCAAUUACCCAACAAUGGCAUUCUAAUGGAAGGUGUCCUGAUGGCACUAUUCCCAUUAGAAGAACCAAACAUGAGGAUGUUUUGAGAGCAAGUUCGGUCAAAAGAUAUGGAAAAAAGAAGCAUAGAUCAACGCCCAUACCCCCCAGGUCUGCUGAGCCUGAUCUUAUCAACCAAAGUGGCCAUCAGCAUGCAAUAGCUUAUGUUGAAGGAGAUAAGUAUUAUGGAGCUAAAGCAACCAUGAAUGUGUGGGAGCCUAGCAUCCAACAGCCUAAUGAGUUUAGCUUAUCACAGCUUUGGAUAUUGGGAGGCUCUUUUGGUGAAGAUCUUAAUAGCAUUGAAGCUGGUUGGCAGGUUAGUCCUGAUCUCUAUGGCGACAACAACACUAGACUCUUCACGUACUGGACGAGCGAUGCUUAUCAAGCUACAGGCUGUUACAACCUUCUCUGCUCAGGCUUUAUUCAAAUCAACAGCGAUAUAGCAAUGGGAGCGAGCAUCUCUCCUGUCUCGGCGUACCGAAAUUCACAAUAUGAUAUCAGUAUACUUGUCUGGAAGGAUCCAAAUGAAGGGCAUUGGUGGAUGCAAUUUGGCAAUGGUUAUGUGAUGGGGUAUUGGCCUUCAUUCCUAUUCUCAUAUCUAGCAGACAGUGCCUCCAUGAUAGAGUGGGGAGGUGAAGUAGUAAACUCAGAGCCAAAUGGGCAGCACACUUCAACACAAAUGGGGAGUGGGCAUUUCCCAGAUGAAGGAUUUGGGAAGGCAAGCUAUUUUAGAAACAUUCAAGUUGUUGAUGGAUCAAACAAUCUGAAGCCCCCAAAAGGCAUUGGCACAUUCACAGAGCAGCCUGAUUGCUAUGAUGUUCAAACAGGCAGCAAUGGGGAUUGGGGUCAUUUCUUUUACUAUGGAGGACCUGGUAGGAACCCUAAUUGCCAAUGAAGCUGAAAUGACCAUUUUGCCCUCCUCCAACAAGGUUUUCUCUCACUGUAAACUACCUCUUUUAGGCUAGGUGUAGGGGCUAUAUAUGACAUUUUGUCACUUUUUUUUUUUUUUUUAAGAGGAAAAAAAAUUCCCUCCAUGUAAGUGGUGGGGGUAAGGGAAGUGGCCCAGGUUUCUUAAAAGCCUGAAAGAAACAUGGCCUCUUGUUUAUGACUUGAUGAUGAUAAUGGUGAAGUGUAUUUUAUUAGUUUGUUCACUAUACUCCUCUCUCUUGGAGUUGCUUUAUUAAUGAUGAAGAAUGGAUGGGUUUUUGAUUU